AUCUUCCCUUUUUUGGCUGUUUUAAUGAAUUAACUUUGGUUUCUUACUAUUUUUAUCUUACAUGAAUUCAAAUUGGGUCAUGAUUAUUGCAUUCUAGGUGAGCGGUUGAGUUAGUAUUUUUAUAGACUGGAAUUUUUUAUUUUACUAUUUUUGAAAAGUUUCAUGAAGUAGCUGUGUGCAGGAUUUAUGUAAAAGUUAUAAUUUUUUAUGAUUUAUGAUUUUAAUUCUCUAUACAUAUACUUCCUCUUCGCUUGGCGGUCGGAGCAAGAAUCCCAGGGAAAGAGAGAAUUUGUAUGCGGCAGAAGAAAGCGCACAAAGCCUUUUCUGCGAAAGCGUUGAUUACUUCAGGUCCUAUGGGACCGAGCUUAAAGCAAUGGCGAUGGACGUGGGUGUUGACGUUUUGCUCUGGUGAUGCUGCAGGUUGCGGCUUGUGGAUAAGCUGAUUUUCUGUUUGAAAAUUGUCGGUCUCUCAGGUUGGUUUUCCUGGUGUUCCUCUCUAUUGUGCAUUGAAAGUCCCCAGAUUUUCUUUGCUUCGGGUGCAGGGUUGUCUUUGCCAUUUUGUAUCGUUGUUAUUCCUCAGCAUAUAUAUAUAAAAAGUUCUCUAUAAUAACACAGCAAAGAGAAGGCCCAAGAUGCAAUCUUUUAUUCAUACACAAAUUACAUCAAUGGCUUUGCUGCUUCCCUCGAAGAAGAAGAAGCAAUGGAGAUCUCAACUAAGACUUAGGUGCUUGGAGGAUCAAUAUUGCAUCUGUUUUCAAAUCUUAGCCGUCAUUCUCCUGAUACUUAAGCUGCUAAUAUCAAGAGGACUGGAGUUGUUUACAAAGAAACGCAGCUCAACCUUUAGGAGUUUGGAGAGUUUAUGCUGCAUCUGUUUUCGGAAGUUUAAAACUGACGAGAAGCAAGACCAGCCUAUACCUGAACAGUCGGUCCCAAAAACCAAAAAACCAGCUUCUAAAAAUGCGGGCCGAAGAUUUCUCAGUUUGUCUAAAUUAUUCUCCGAAGGCCACGAGCCAAGAUCGAAACUAACACUCGAUCCUGACGGUCGUAUUGUGCUCAUAUGGAACCGGAUUUUCCUACUCUCAUGCUUAGCUUCGCUAUGUAUAGACCCUCUAUUCUUCUUCUUACCUUUCGUGGAUGCUACUAAUUGGAGCUUAUGCAUUAGAACGGAUCAGCACUUGAGGAUGGUGCUUACGUACUUUCGGUCUAUUCUCGACUUAUUCUAUAUAGUGCAUAUUGUUGUUAAGUUCCAUAUUGCGUAUGUGGAUCCGAGCUCCAUGGUUCUUGGGAAGGGAGAGCUCGUAAUGGAUCAUAAAAAAAUUGCGAGAAGAUAUAUUAGAUCGGAUUUCUUUGUUGAUCUAAUGGGAGGGUUGCCGUUUCUGCAGAUUCUCGUCUGGUUUGUAAUGCCCAUGAUCAGUUUUAAUCGCAUAAAUACCCCUUAUCUCCUGAUAAUUUUGAUUCAGUGUACCGUCCGAUUUUACAUAAUAAUUCCUAUAAGCAAACAAAUCAUCAAUGUUGCUGGUUUUAUCGCGAAGACCGCUUGGGGAGGAGCUAUCUACAAUCUACUACUCUACCUGCUGGCAAGCCAUGUCGUGGGAUCGAUCUACUAUUUAUUGAUGGUGGAACGACAAGCAACGUGUUGGCAAUCGCAGUGCUUGAUGGAAACCGGCUCCCCAAACACGACUUCUUGUGAAUUUAAGUUUCUUAAUUGUGAAUAUGCUAGUUCGACAGAGGCUCAAAUUUGGGCGAAUACAACGAAUGUGUUCACAAACUGUGAUGCGAGUAACAAAACUAUCCCUUUCAACUACGGCAUAUUUCUUUUGGGAUUGCAAUUCGGUGCUGCUACUGCAUCAUUAUCUGAGAAGUACUUCUACUCUCUAUGGUGGGGCUUUCAACAGUUGAGCACAUAUGGGAACCCGUUGGUGACAAGCGCUUUCGUUGGUGAAAAUUUAUUCGCCAUCGGACUUACUGUUCUCAGCCUUGGUCUCUUUGCUCAAUUACUUGGUAGCAUGCUGAUCUACUUGAGAUCUACAAGCGAAAAUCUCGAAGAGUGGCGGUUGAAGCAAAGAGACACCGAGGAGUGGAUGAAGGAUCACCAGCUCCCCGACAGUAUACAGGAUCGAGUCAGCCGGUUUAUUCAUUACAAGUGGCUCGCGACACGAGGAGUGGAAGAAGAGUCGAUGUUGAAAGCUUUACCUGCCGACCUUCGUCGCGAUAUACAACACCACCUAUGUAUGGAACUCGUUCGACGUGUUCCGUUCUUCUCGGAGAUGGAUGAUCAACUCCUCGACGCGAUAUGCGAGCGCAUGGUCUCAUUCUUGCGCACCGAGGGCACCUAUAUAAUCCGCGAGGGAGACCCCGUGACCGAGAUGCUCUUCAUAAUCCGCGGGAAGCUAGAGAGCUCCACGACCGACGGGGGCCGUACCGAUUUCUUCAACUCCAUAAUUCUAAAACCCGGGGAUUUCUGCGGGGAGGAGCUCCUCACUUGGGCUUUACUUCCCACCACCGAAUUCAAGUACCUCUUGUCGACAAGAACCGUCAAAACGCUCGUCGAGGUCGAGGCGUUUGCGUUGCGUGCCGAGGAUCUCAAGUUCGUUGCCAACCAGUUCAGAAAACUGCACAGCAAGAGGCUUCAACACACAUUCCGGUUCUACUCGUACCAUUGGAGGACGUGGGCUGCGUGCUUCAUACAGGCGGCGUGGCGGAGGCACUGGAGGAAGCAAAUGGAGGCGAAAGAUCAAGAGAGCCCGUGGACGCCGUUCUUCUCGUUGGUGAACGAACAAGUCGCGAUCGAGGCCAGACAAGAAGACGAAGGGCGGAGCCCGAGUUCGCUCAGCGAGGGAGCUGCGCUUCCGGUAACGGUGAUCGCCUCGAUCUUCAGGAAGGCUCAUCCUCAGAAGCCCGACGAGCCGGACUUCUCCGCCGACGAUCACUUCGAGUAGUGCACUGAAUGUUUUUGAGGACUAUAGGAAUCGGCAUUAGUCGGUUAAUUACUCAAAGCAAUUGGGCUUUAGAUUUACAAUAAUGUGGAUUUGGUUUUAGUUUGUGUACAUAUUUGUUAAUGUUUUCGUAUCUUGAAUGAAAAACUUUGGUUUUAAAAAGGAUACUUCUAUGUUAA